GUAAUUCUCAUCCCAACAAACUCUUCCUGGCCUGCUCCUCCUCCAAUGGAGGAUCCCUACCCAGUGAAACAGUCUCCGCCUAGUCCCGGCGAUGUUCCGGCGACCCCAACUAUUGUUCCGAGCAGCAAUAAUCUUCCCGCCGAAUAUGCCGAUACUUUCGAUUUACCUCCGGGCUAUCGGUUUUGUCCUUCCGAUAAUGAGCUAAUUCAUUACUAUCUGAAGAAGAAGGUAAUGAACCAGAAAUUGCCUCCCAACGAAAUUCCGGAAGUUAACUUGUACAAGCACAAUCCAGAGGUCCUUUCAGCAAAGUAUCGAAUGAUUGGAACAAAAGAAUGGUACUUUUUCACGCCAAGAGAUCGGAAAUACCCUAACGGUAAUCGACCAAACCGAGCCGUAGGGAGCGCCGAACCAGGGGUUGUGAAUGGUUACUGGAAGGCAACGGGUUCUGAUAGAGAAAUCAAACAUGGGUCAACCGUCAUAGGGUUUAAAAAAGCUUUGGUGUUUUAUGAAGGAAAACCCCCAAAAGGCUCCAAGACCAAAUGGAUCAUGCAUGAAUUUAGAGUCAAUGCCCCGCCUCUUAGGUCCAAAAUCGUGGGAGUCGAUGGUGUCAACAUGCGGUUGGAUGAUUGGGUUCUUUGUAGUAUCUACAAGAAAGUUGAUAAAUCUACAAAGAAAGAAACCAUAAAGAGUGAAGACCCUGAAUCGAGCUCACAACUUGACCAAGGCAUACCACCCAAUGACAAUGAGGUCAUCACAAUGACGAAUUCAGACCAGGCUAGUACUAGCAAUGAAGCUAGUACGAGUUAUGGCCAAACCUUGCCACCAAAUGAUAAUGAUAGGGCAACUGGUGGAGGCACAACUGCUUAUCAUCAGUAUGACUUGUCCUCACUAGUGCAAAAUGGUGUGCCCAUUUCAUCAUAUCCAAACUACCCUUUUACCCAUGGAAAUCAACACAUUAUGACCUAUGGUGAUCCAUAUCAGCUUCCCGGAACACCUUCACCCUUAAGCUUCUAUUACAGUCAUGAAGUACUCUUCCCGAUAGCCGAAAAUUAUAGUUAUAACUUCUCUACAUGGAAUCCCACGAACGAGGAUGUCGAGUAGUACCGAUUCCAUUAAGGAUGUUUUUGAUCUGACUGGAAUUUUCUGGUCUGGUCUAGUCUGAUUUGGUCUGGUUUAUUUAAGUAUGGUCUGGUUAGACUUGUUUAAAUUUGGUCUGUUUUACUCUGGCAUGGGAUUGAUAUGCGUCUGGUGUGUUCUAUAGUUUGGUUUGUUUAAGUCUUGUCUGUUUUGGUCUGGUAUGAGACUAAUAUGUGUCUUAUAUGUUAUUUUACGUUCUAUAGUCUUGAAUUUUCUUGUUUGCUUGAUUUGAUUUGUUUAAGUUUGGUGUUGUCUAUUUUGUUCAAGUAUGGUUUGUUUAAGGACGGCAUGGUAUGUUUGUCUAAGUAAAAAACAGUGCACUGUAACGAUGUUUCUUGAAGGCCCAAAAUUUUAAGAGUUUAGGGUAGCUUGAAGCUAUUGUUAAGAUCA